UUGUUUACGAAGGAGAUGCAAGCGUUGGUAUACAAAUUGGAUCGUUCAAUUGUGCUUUCGGUUCGGGCAGUGUUCUGUCAAUGAUGAAGAUCCAGCUGAAUUCCAUGGAUUUAACAGAGGGAUAGCCAUAGCCACAGAGAACACGGAGAAGUGGAAGGCGCUUGUGCUAAUUAAAGUGCUCGAGUUCAUUGGUCUAGGCGAGGAAUUGGAACACUUGUUGAUUCCUUCUGGUCUUCUCGUGUUUGUCCCUGAAACCCAGUUCCGAGUGAGUAAAAAUCUUUUCAGCAGCGUUCACCGAUCAGGUCCUCGAAAUCUAUUAACCCUGGCUUCGGAUAUCUGGAAACGCCUUUUCCCGCCGCGAACCAGGAGGUCUUCCGCCGUACUGAUGCCUCGUAUCGGGUUUGGUCGGCGACCUAAUCCUAAUGUGGAUCUGAACCUGUUCAAGUUAUGCUCCGGCCUCAAAAUUCUCGGUUACUUCAUUAUCAUCCUCGUCGCUGCUAUAAUCGGUGUUUCCUAUUACGCUGUCGUCGUCCUAACCUGGGGUCCCCAGUUGCUUGAAGGCGGCUUCAAAUCGUGUCUGUCAUUCACCAUACUUGUCAUCUUUCACGCCUUGCUUGUAUUGCUGCUUUGGUGCUACUUCAUGGUGGUCUUUUGUGACCCUGGAUCUGUUCCUCCAAACUGGAGACCAGUAAGUGAGGGGAAUUUGGAAGAGGGUAGCUCUAUGCCAUUGUCGGAUUGCAUGACAUCUGAGAGUUUGGAUUCUACAAUUUCUUCUUCAGAUGCACCACAAAGGAGAUCUGCAGUAAGCUAUUGCAUCCAUUGUGAAAAUGGAAAGCCUCCACGAUGCCAUCAUUGCUCUGUUUGCCAAAGAUGUGUCCUUAAGAUGGAUCACCAUUGCAUAUGGGUGGUUAAUUGUGUUGGAGCAUGCAACUAUAAGUUCUUUCUCCUUUUCCUGCUCUAUACAUUUCUGGAGACAACAAUGGAUACUUUGGUAUUGCUGCCCAGUUUCAUAAAGUUCUUUGAAAAAGCCGUGACCCAUUCUGCCUCUCCAGGCAAUCUUGCAGUUACUUUUUUGGCAUUUGUUUUGAAUCUUGCUUUUGCACUGAGUCUUCUUUGUUUCAUAUCUAUGCACGCGUCUCUUCUUUCUAGCAAUACCACUUCGAUAGAGGUCUAUGAGAAGAAAAAAGCUAUCAGGUGGAAGUAUGACUUGGGCCGGAAGAAAAACUUUGAGCAGGUUUUCGGUACUAAAAAGGCAUUAUGGCUGUUGCCCUUGUUCUCGAAGGAAGAUUUGGAGAAUAUUCCAGCAAUUCAAGGCCUAGAUUUCCCAACACGUCCAGAUGUCGUGGUGUAACGUGUUUUUACCUUCACUGGCAGUUGAGGACAGGAAGCGUGCGUUUGUAAUAUUCAACUUUUGAGGGGUGAGCUAUUUUCGCCUUAUGGAUGGCUCUCCGUGCAUCCAUCAUUAAGUAAUACUUUGGGGGUGAAAGUUAUCCAGCCUUGUAUUUUCUUUCUUUUUGGCUAUUGCUACAAGGCGAUGGGUUUAAUUAAA